GGCGAGGGUUAGUGAGCCCUCCGGACUGUCCGUGAGAGGUUCUUGCAAAAGCUAGCCGGCACUGCUUUCUUGAACGUUCUUCAGUCUCAGACUCAGAGCCAAGGCAGCUACGAUGAUGGCCGCAGCAGCAGAGUUGAGCUGCCUCAGCCAUGCGCUGAUAGUGAUAAGUCUUCCACAGGAGAGAAGGCAAACUCUUCAAAUUCCAGCAUUAGGUUCCCCUACAUUCCCUGCACUGCUAGGGUCAGCACGAGCGCACAGAGUAAGCAAACAGCUCAGAGCCAAGGGAGCUCAACGGCUUGACGUGCAGCAUUACACCUUGUCAGAUAAGAGGUCACCAUCUCAUAUCGCUAGCCCAGGCAGGAUGAAAUUAGCUGGACUUUUCCGAAAGGAAGCAGCAAAGCCGCUUCGCCUCUGCCCAAUCAGAGCAGAAGAAAAGAAAGGAGGGGAAAUGCUGACAGAACGAGAAAGCGCGCAAGAUAAACAAGUGGAUACCGAACAGCAGGGAGGCCCACCAACCGUUGCAAUCGUCGCCAUCACGUCCAUAGUAUUGGUGCUAGGCGCAGUCGCUUACUUAAUUCCUGGGGGUCCAACGGAGUGGGUCAAAUGGAUAGAGGAACAGAUCGAGUCUGCCGGACCUCUAGCCCCCAUAUACUUUGCCGCCGCUUACUGCCUCACUACUGUCGCCUUCAUCCCAGCCUCGAUUCUUACCCUAGCUGCCGGGUACAUCUUCGGCCCGCUGCUCGGAACUGCGGUCGUCUCUGUCUCGUCCACCAGUGGAGCGGCGCUGGCCUUCCUCAUAUCCCGGUAUGCUGCUAGGCCGUUUGUAGAGGAACGCCUCGCGAAGUACGAUAGGUUUGUAGCGGUAGACAAGGCGAUCUCGAGAGAGGGCUGGAAGGUCGUGGUGUUGCUCCGCCUGUCGCCCCUCUUCCCCUUCGCGCUCUCUAAUUACGCGCUGGGGCUAACCAGGAUCGAGUUCGUGCCGUUCGUGGCCUCAUCCUGGAUCGGCAUGCUGCCGGCAACUUUUGCAUACGUGUACCUGGGAAGCGCCGGAAAGGCGACUGUUGACAUUGUUGCGAGCGGAGGGGCGGUAGCAAAAACCUCUCCACUUCAAUUGGGCCUUUAUGCUUUGGGAGCGGUAGCGACUUUAGGGGUUACCACCCUCGUCUCGAGGAUUGCCUCGAAGGCGUUGUCCGAAGCAGAGGGCGGCACCGAAGAAGAUUAACUUCUGCGGAGAGUACUAGCGUUGAAUGAUUUUCCGUUUUCAAGUUCCUUUCAAAGUGGUCCGCUCAAGGCGUGGGACGGAUCACCUUCAUUAUUUACUCUAAUGUUGCGACUGGUGUUUGAAACACAAUCAGCUUCCAUUAGGGUAGUGCCGCGCUGCUUUGAAUAGGAGACGAGCAAGCAAAGUCACAGCAACAGCUCUUGGAUGUCAACAUAUCGCUCCAGACAACCGACUAUUGAAUGAUCAGGACUCUCGUCACUGCAUGGAUGAUCAUUUCAGCCCUCCUGCCGUCCCUGACCGGCGGGCGCGGCUAGAGCUGUGAG